AUGAGUUCUUUGAAUUCUUGUUCAGAUUUGCAUUCAACUAUUAAUGAACAAUCACUUCAUGAUCAGUCAUCUUCAAAUAUGAAUAUUGAUCAUUCAAAUAACAGUAAUUCUUGUUCAGAUUUGCAUUCAAUUAUUAAUGAACAAUCACUUCAUGAUCAAUCAUCUUCAAGUAUGAAUAUUGAUCAUUCAAAUAGCAGUAAUUCUCGUUAUAGUUUUGAUUUUGAGCUCUACAAUGCUGAAAAAUGUGGUUUUGAUGUGAAUAUGUCAAGUCAAAAAAGAUACAGUGAUGGCACAAUUCGUAUUAGAUAUUCGACAUGUAGUAGAUCUGGUUUCACGGAGUCAUUCAAGAAUGAAAAUGUUAAUGUGAAAUUUUCAGAUGUUAAGAGAAGGAGAACUUCUUCUAAGAAGAACGGAUGCCCUGCUGUUUCAAAGUUCAAAAAUCUCCGAUGUUCUUUAAUGUUCUACAUUUAUGUGUUUGUUGAAGAUCACAACCAUGAACUUGUUGCUCAAGAUCAGUUGCACUUAUUAAGGAUUAAUAGGACAAUGGAUUUUCUUGAUGAAUCCUUUAUACAUAAGGUUGUAUUUAGUAGAAGGGGUGAUAGCAUUAGCAUCAGUUGUAGCUGCAUGCUUUUUGUCCAGGAAGGAUUGUUAUGUCGUCAUAUGUUUUUCAUAUUAAAUAUGAAAGAGUAUGAUGAAAUUCCAUCAAAUUUCAUUUUGAGGAGAUGGGGAAAAGAUAUCAUAGCUGAUGGAUUGUUGAGAAAAAAGUACUCAUAUCCUCAUAAAGGCAGUAAAAAUGAAUGUUUGAUUCAAGAUGCAUAUGCUAUUCUUCGUUUGUCCAUUAACAAGAUAGCAAAUAAUGAGGAUGAGUUGGCUAAAUAUAUAAAGCAACUUCAGGAGGUUGAUAGUGGUAUUCCUUUAUGUACCUCAUCAAGGGCAUCUUCGAGUAGAUCAGUUCACAUUGAAAAAAUUAUUGGAGCUGCAGUACCUGAUGUUAUCAACAUUCAUAAUCCAGAGGGGAUCAGAAACAAGGGAUGGGCCAGUGGUAAAAGAAUCAAGAGCACUAGAGAGAAAGUGAUUGAGAAAUCUAAAAAGGGUACUAGGUUGUGCAGUUUAUGUCAUAAACCAAAUCACAAUGCUAAGAGUUGCAUUUUGAGGUUUAAGAAGUCUGAUUUAGAAUCUGAGGUUACAGAAGGCUGA